GUUUUAAAAAUUUCAGACCUUAUUCAACCCCAAUAAGACGGUGGUGAAGAUGUUUGUGGUGAUGUAUGACCUGAGGGAAAUGCCAUCCAGCCAUCAGACAUUCCUGAGGCAGAGGACCUUCUCCGUCCCCGUCAAACGUGAAUCCAACGGCCACAACAACAAGAAGCCCCUCACCUCGCUUGGACAGGGGCGGACCCUGCGCUACCUCAUUCACCUGAGGUUCCAGAGCUCCAAAUCUGGAAAGAUCUACCUCCAUCGGGACAUUCGGCUUCUGUUCUCACGCAAAUCCAUGGAAGUGGACAAUGGUGCUGCCUACGAACUCAAAUCCUUCACAGAGUCGCCAGCCGACCCCCCUUCUCAGCCAGAUGCUAAUCCAAUCCCACCCAGUCCAUCUGAUCUGACCUAAUGUAAUCUCACUCCAGCGUAGGGGCCUUACUCAAUCACAAUCCCUCUUAUUUUUGCUUGUAAGGGAAAUUUAAAGAAAAAAAAAAAGAUUUACUCCCACACACAAACACACACAUGCAGUCUAAUGGCCACAUUUCCUCUGAAACAAAAAAGUGAAGAACAAGAAAAAAAAAAAAAGAACAAAACCUGCAUCAUCAGAUCAUCGGUGCUUCAUUGUCCCAGCGAUUUACAGCAGCAGACAGUUUU